AGGUUAAACAGAGGAAGGAGGAUGUGAAGGAUUUUGUCACCUUGUUCCUUGUGUGGAGAGUGUGGAUGAUCAGCUACAUCAGAGACCUACAAGAGAUCGCAGACGACAUUUACUUGAUUCACAAACUUGGCCCGAGAGUGGGAGUUGGCCAGAGUGUGGCUGGUGGGGCUGACAACACUGCAGCUUGUGACACGGACACUGUAACCCAAACAUACGGACAGGAAAGGGUUAAUGAUAUCAUGGAACAAUAUGCAAAGGACAGCAGAGAAAUGGCAGAGUGUUACACAAAACUCUCACGAGCAGUUCGGAUCUUGAAACGUUAUGGUGAGAAAUCAGAAACCACAUUUCCUGGUGGAGCUGACACUGAACACUUGGCUGUAUUUGCUGCUGUGGCUGAAACAAUGAACAAACAGGUGUCGGUGACAUCCAAGGCCGGGUCAGCAGCUCAGACAAGGCUGCCUUUCAUAUCAUCUCUGAUCUCCAGAGCAAACGAUGGUCAUAAUCUCAACCGUGGAACCAGGGCAGAUGCUGCUAAACAUAUUCACGGUGUGGCUGAAGUGAUGGAGAAUGAAGUGAUGGCGUAUGAAGAGGUUUAUAAACAUCUGGAAGACACAGUCAGCAACACCGAGGUCAGGGAAGCCUUCCUCACUGAGAUGGCAAAGAGGACUGAUGAUGUGCAGAGCUUUAAAGCACAGCUCCCUGACUGGAGGGAACAGGUGAGAGGACACCUGAGAGCACUGCGAGAGGCUGCGGACCACAUCGACAACCUUCACAGAUCAGACACAGCUCAGAUCAUUGUGGGCUCCAUACUGCGUCCUGCCGGAGUGAUACUGUUUAUUGCGGGAAUAAUCACUGGCACAACAUUAGGGGACAAAAUGAUAGAAAGAUUGGAGUUCAUACUCGGGUUAGAGCUUAUGGGAGUUGUAAUGGGUGCAGUCGGGACUGGUGUUAUCUCUGUAGCUCGUGGCAAUAUCACUGCUUCACAAACAGAGAAAGUGAGAAGAGUGAAUGGAAUAAUAGAACAAUAUAAAACAGACAGCAGAGCCAUGGCGGAUUGCUACAAUAAACUAAACAGGAUAAUCCAAUUGUUCAUGAAAUCAGGAAGAGACACUGGUAAAGCUGAGAUGUUCUCCAGUAGCUCGGGUGUUUUUCCCCUCAUUGUCGACAUGAAGGCCACCCGCAGGGUAAACCCAUUGAGGGCUGUUUUACAGUUUCUCUCAGCAAUAGUUGUUGUGUGCGAUGUGGCCUCUGCAAUAAUGAAUAUCCUUAACUGUUGCAAAAGAGCCAAGUCAGGAUUUGCUCAACAAAUACGAGAAGUGGCUAAUAUGAUGGAGUCUGAGAGACGAUCAUGUGAAGAGUUUUAUAAACCUGUAGAAAAUGAUUUCGUUUUUCCUUAGACCAAGUACAAACAAGGGAGGAAUUGGAUUAAUUACCUGCCACCAAGCGGGAAAACAUGCUUUGAUCCCCAAUCUCUGCUUCCUAACCUUCAACCGUUGUGAUCAGAAAUGAAUUUGUGUUUAAAUUAUUGUUUCAGUGCAGGUAAAUAUGCUUAUGCUUGUUAGCUAGUGACUGACUGAUCUGUGGAACGACAAUCAAACUUCAUCAAACUGAGUUGCAGAAUCUCUCUAAGUGUGACAGAUGUUAUGGAGUAGCUGGUGUCACUACAGAUAAGAUGUUAAAAUAUGUCAGUGAGCUGUGCCUUGUAACAUGAAGAGUUAAAUUGGCUGAGAAAGAAGAAGUGAAUGUGUUUCUGUAGUAACAGCACAAUAUUGACUACCAUACCCUGCCUGCUGUAACCUGCUUAUUGAAUCAAUGUGAAGUUAUAUCUAUUUCUGCCUUAGUAAUUAAAAAUAAUUCU